AUGGGAAAGAGGUGUGUUAUGACUACUUCCCUCUCGCUCCUCCUCCUUCUCUUCCUUCAAACCCUAAAUUAUGUUCAAGCCAGUUUCCUCUGCUAUGGCGAUUUCUCCACCGCUAACUACAGCCGCAAUCGAGACAAUCUCUUGUCUUCACUUCCUUCUAACGUCAUCAAUAACGGCGGUUUCUACAACGCGUCACUUGGCAGUGAUUCUGGAGACAGCAGAGUCCAUGUUUCCGCCUUAUGCAGACGAGGCUACGAGGACCAAGCUUGUAAGGCAUGUCUGGAGCACGUCAUCAAAGACACAAAAGAAAAGUGUCCUCAUCAAAAGGAGACUUUCUCGUGGGUCACUCAUCAACCCAACGACGUUUCUUGCAGCUUACGUUACACUAAUCACUCGAUUUUCGGCAAACUAGAGCUCUCACCGUUUACUCUCAAUCCGAACCCAAACAAUAUAUCCUCCAUAAUCAAGAACAUGACCCUUUUCAGCCAAGAAUGGAAUGCAAUGGCCAACCGGACGCUCGAGGCUGCUUCUACCGCUGAGACUUCCUCAGUCCUCAAGUACUAUAACGCCACAAGAACAGAGUUCACAGAGAUCACAAGCACAGAUGUUUACGCUUUGAUGCAAUGCACACCUGAUCUAUCGCCAAGUGAUUGCAAGAGAUGUCUUAGAGAGUGUGUGACUGAGUUUCAAAGGCAGCAAUGGGGAAAACAGGGAGGUGGAGUUGGUCGGCCUAGCUGUUAUUUCCGGUGGGAUCUUUUUCCUUUUUACAAAGCUUUUGAUAAUGUUACAAGAGUUCUUGCUCCUCCUCUUCCUCCUCCUGCUCAAGAUUCUUCGAGUACUACUCUUCAUUGUGGAGGAGACAAGAAAGAUUUUGGAGGAAGAAACAUUGCAAUCAUUGUGGUCCCUGCAAUCAUUAAUCUCUUCAUAUUUGUUGGUUUAAUCUGUUCUUGGAGAAGAAAGUCGUCACACAUCAGAAUCAAAGAGUCUUCUGAUUCAAGUGAUGGUCAAUCUAUGGUACGGUUUGAUCUUGGAACGAUUCUAACUGCAACACAUGGCUUCUCUCCUGAAAAGAAGCUUGGCCAAGGUGGAUUUGGAACUGUCUACAAGGGAAUACUACCGAGUGGACAAGAAAUAGCGGUAAAGAGAUUAAAUAAAGGUUCAGGGCAAGGAGAUAUGGAGUUCAAGAAUGAGGUCUUACUCUUGACAAGACUCCAACAUAGGAAUCUUGUUAAGCUUCUUGGGUUCUGUAAUGAAGGAGAAGAAGAGAUUCUUGUCUAUGAGUUUGUCACCAAUUCAAGCCUUGACCACUUCAUAUUUGAUGAAGACAAACGCAGGUUUCUUACGUGGGAUGUGAGGUUCAGAAUCAUACAAGGAGUUGCAAGAGGGCUUCUUUAUCUCCAUGAAGACUCUCAGUUGAGGAUUAUUCACCGAGAUUUGAAGGCAAGCAAUAUUCUUUUAGACGCUGACAUGAACCCUAAAGUUGCAGACUUUGGGAUGGCGAGGCUGUUCAACAUGAACCAGACUCGAGGAGAGACAAGCAAAGUAGUUGGAACCUUUGGAUAUAUGGCUCCAGAAUAUGCGACAUACGGACAAUUCUCAGCUAAAUCCGAUGUUUAUAGCUUUGGUGUUAUGCUUCUUGAGAUGAUAUGUGGUAAAAGAAACAAAAGCUUGAAAGAAGAAGAAAAAGAAGAGGAAGAAGAAGAAGAGCUUCCAGCUUUUGUGUGGAAGAGGUGGAUUGAAGGAAAAUCUGCAGAGAUAAUCGAUCCUUUGGCUGCGCCGAGUAACAGCAUCUCAAUAGACCAAGUGAUGAAUCUAAUUCACAUAGGUUUAUUGUGUGUUCAAGAGGAUGUUUCCAAAAGGCCUACCGUUUAUUCAAUUCUCGUAUGGCUUGAAACUCACGCUUCUACCACCAUGCCUGUGCCUGCACCUGUUGCCUUUCUUACGGCACCAUCAUCACCAUCACCAUCACCACCACUGCACAACUAA